GCGUCGUUUCGGGCCAAAAAGAAGGCGCCUGCAAUUCCAUGCGUCCAUUCACACGAGAUUGGAUCAUCUGACCAAAAAGUGCUACAUAUCAACGAUCCAAACUUACUCCCACGAUCCAGGAAAGGAUCUGGGCCUUUGAAAGAGGUGAAGUCGACGACAACUGUAUAGAAAAAACGAGGGAAUGGGCAUCGUGCAAAGCUCUUUUUACCCAUUCCAAAUUUCUUUCAACUGUUCAUAAAUAUCCGUAUGCAUUUUAAGAUUUGAUUUGCUUCCAACAAGUAGAAAAGAUAGGCUUCUGAUUUGACUGCUGCAAAUCAAAGCAAAGCAGAUCAAAGAAGCCAUUUUUGUUGGCCUUGGGUUAUAACUUAUAACAGAGCUUGUUUAUACAGAGAAAAGUGGUCAAAAGAUUUGAGAUCAUGAUGGAGAGGAAAGCAUUGAAGCCAUUGAAUUUGAGUACUACUGCUCCUUCAAGCCCGGGUCGAAAGAGUAACAGUAACAUUUCUGAAGAUUAUUAUUUCAGUGAGCCUACCAGUCCUACCCAUUUUCUCAAGGCAGAUCAACUUGAUAUUUCCAUUUGUGGUAAUGAUUUGAGAUCAAAAGCUGUUCCUUUUGCUUGGGAAGAGAAAGGUACUCAGCCCAAGAAUGAUGACAUAGGCUUUGAUUUUGGUGUGAGUUCAAGGUAUUCAGAGGCAGAUGCAGAUCUUGUUUCUGCAGAGGAGCUCUUCUACAAUGGCCAAAUUCGGCCAUUGAAUCAGCAGGUCAGAGGAUUCGACCUGAGGGCUGGUCGAAUCCCCUGCCCUCCUCGACCUUCUGGAUCGAAGAGGGUUAUGGAUUCUGAUUCUUCUUCUUCGACGAAGAUUAAAGGCAGAGCUUCUUUGCGAAAUUUUCUGUUAGAAGAAGAAGGAAGUAAUCAGGAAAACGUGGGUUCUGAUGACAGAUUUUUCAGAAUCCAUGAAGGGAUAAAAGAGACAAAGUGCAAGGAUUCAAGGAGUUUUAAGAAAUGGAGCUUCAAGGACUUUCUGUAUAGAAGUAGCAGUGAUGGGAGUAAAGAUAGAUUGUGGGGAUUUGCCAUCAUUCCUCCUGCAAAACAGGCACAGAAGCACAGCAUGACGAAGAAGAACAAGCGUGAAACAGCUCGUGGGAAUUCUCUGAGGUAUGAUGAAAGGGAAAUAGGAGCAAAAUCUUCGCAAUCUGGAAGUGGGUCUGGCAGAAACAGUAAAAAGGUUGUGGACCUCCAUCAUAAGCAGAGUUUGAGGUAUGAUGAAAGAGAAAUGGGUGCAAAAUCUUUGGAAUCAGGAAAUGGGUCUGGUAGCAACAGUAAAAAGGUUGUGGACCUCCAUUACAAGCAGCAGAGAAUUCAGGUAGAGGGAGGCAAAAAGAAGUCUUUUUUGCCUUACAGAAAUGGCUUGCUGGGCUGCCUGGGCUUCACUUCAAAUUCAUACAGUGGAUUGUCAAGAAGUUUGAGUCCUUUCUCUUGAAAUAUGUCUAUUUUUUGGAAUUCAUUUUGUCAUAUAGAAUGGUUUUGCCUCCUCCCAUCAGAGCUCUGUUAAUGGUGGUAAAUUAUAGAUGUUAUAGUUAGGUGGUUAAAAAGUGUCGUGUGUAAAAGUUCGGUGUCAGAAACAAUGUAACUGUAAAUUUUAAAAUAAUGAGAAGUGGAUCAGAAAUUUAUUCCAGCAUUU